CUCGACGUGUUCUUCACUAAUGAACCGUAAUCGUGAGCCCUCCCAACGCUGACCGCGAGCUCUCCCGCCGGCGGAGCCGCACCCUGCCUCUCCAACGGCGGCCGCCGCGGGCACAGCGUUAGUAGCUGUCUCCUUCAUGUCCCUCGCUGCGGCGGCCUCCACACCAUCGCCUCUCCCGCCCUCAUGGGCCUACCAGAUCCGCGUGGCCGCCGCCCAGGGCCACUUCCUCGACGCAGUCUCCCUCUUCCUUCGAAUGCGCAGCUCGGCCGCGCCGCGCUCGUCAGUCCCGGCCUCCCUCCCCGCCGCGCUCAAGUCCUGCGCUUCCCUCGGCCUCCGCGCCCUCGGCGCCUCCCUCCACGCGCUGGCCAUCCGCUCAGGCGCCUUCGCCGACCGAUUCACCGCCAAUGCUCUCCUCAACCUCUACUGCAAGCUCCCGGGUUUGUAUCAUCACUCUGGGAUGGGGGCGCCUAUCAGCGAGGAUGUCUUGGGAUCAGCUGCGUUGGAGAGCCUGCGGAAGGUGUUCGACGAAAUGCCCGAGAGGGACGUGGUGUCCUGGAACACUUUGGUAUUAGGGUGCGCGGAGGACGGAAGGCACCAUGAAGCUUUGGGAUUGGUCAGGAAGAUGUGGUGGGAUGGGUUUAGGCCUGACUCAUUUACAUUGUCGAGUGUGCUGCCAAUCUUUGCGGAGUGUGCCGAUGUCAGGAGAGGCAUGGAAGUGCAUGGCUUCGCGGUCAGGAAUGGGUUUGACAAUGAUGUGUUUGUUGGCAGUAGCUUGAUUGAUAUGUAUGCGAACUGCACCCGGACGGAUUACUCAGUCAAGGUGUUUAACAACCUCCCAGUACGUGACCCAAUUCUGUGGAAUUCCAUGCUUGCAGGGUGUGUGCAGAAUGGGUCGGUUAAGGAGGCUCUUGGAAUAUUUCGUCGGAUGCUGCAGGCUGGAGUCAGGCCUGUGCCUGUUACUUUCUCGAGCCUCAUACCUGCUUGUGGCAAUUUGGCAUCGUUGCAUCUUGGAAAGCAGCUGCAUUCCUAUGUGAUCUGUGGUGGGUUUGGGGAUAAUAUGUUUAUAUCUAGCUCGCUGAUUGACAUGUAUUGCAAAUGUGGGAAUAUUAGUAUUGCUCGCCGCAUCUUUGAUGGGAUUAAGUCACCAGACAUCGUAUCAUGGACUGCGAUGAUCAUGGGGUAUGCAUUGCAUGGUCCAGCAAGAGAGGCUCUUGUGUUGUUUGAGAGAAUGGAGUUGGCAAAUGCGAAGCCUAAUCAUAUCACUUUUCUGGCGGUUCUGACUGCAUGCAGUCAUGCUGGACUGGUGGACAAGGGCUGGAAGUAUUUCAAUAGUAUGAAAGACCAAUAUGGAAUUGUUCCUUGUCUUGAGCAUUGUGCAGCACUUGCAGACACCCUUGGCCGUGCAGGAGAGUUAGAUGAAGCAUAUAAUUUUAUAUCUAAGAUGCAAAUAAAUCCAACUGCAAGUGUCUGGUCCACCUUGUUAAGGUCUUGCAGGGUCCAUAAAAAUACCCUGUUAGCUGAGGAAGUAGCCAAGAAAAUUUUGGAGCUCGAACCUAGGAGUGUGGGAUCUCAUGUAAUUUUGUCAAACAUGUACUCAGCUUCUGGGAGAUGGAAUGAAGCAGCGUAUCUGCGAAAAUCUAUGAGAAAUAAGGGUAUGAAGAAGGAACCAGCUUGCAGUUGGAUUGAAGUGAAGAACCAACUGCAUGUGUUUGUAGCUCAUGAUAGGUCCCAUCCUUGGUAUGACAGGAUUAUUGGUGCAUUGAAUGUUUUCUCAGAACAGAUGGCACGCCAAGGAUAUGUACCCAAUACAGAAGAUGUUUUCCAGGAUAUUGAAGAGGAGCAGAAGAGAUAUGUGUUAUGUGGCCACAGUGAGAAACUCGCGAUAGUGUUUGGUAUUAUUAGCACAUCUCCUGGAACAACAAUUCGUGUUAUGAAGAAUCUCCGAGUUUGUGUUGACUGCCACACAAUGACUAAAUUUAUUUCAAAGAUAGUUGAGAGGGAGAUUGUUGUGCGUGAUGCAAACCGUUUCCACCAUUUUAAGGAUGGAAAUUGUUCCUGUGAGGACUUUUGGUGAUUGAAUUGCAAUUUGGGAUUAUCUUAUGUUCAUGAAAUGAGUUCCUAUUGCAUGUGCUUCUGUAUCGAGUGUGGGCAAUUGAUGGAAAGAGCUUUGGUAAUUUGAAUGUUCUCCACCAUUUUAAGGAUCAGAAACAUCAGGAGAAAUCAAAGGUUGCCUGUAGUUAACUAGAUCUGGUUAAUUGGUUCUUCACCUAGUGAACCAGUCUUCUACAAGGACUGGGCCAUCUGAACGCAAAAGCAUCAUUAUAUGUCUUGACUCUUUGAAUUAGUAAGAUGGUUCGCGUGGCGGUAUUCUCAUCACCUGGAAGGGUUCAGUAUGUCAGGCCAUUGAUUCUAGGGUCGAUAAUCUCCGUUUCCAUCCAAUUUUCUCAUCAAGAUGGGCAUAUUUGGUGGUUCAUUAGGGUCUACGUCCUUCAAGAUCAUGCAGAGAAGCUAUUAUUUUUGCAAGAACUGCGUGAAGUUCAUGCUCUAUGUGCCAGUCCUUGGCUGGUGGCGGGAGAUUUUGAAUUGAUAUAUCAAGAAGAGGAUAAGGACAAUUCCAAUUUUAACAGAGCUAUGAUGGGCUGCUUUCGACGUUUUUUGGAUGAUACGGCUAUUAAGGAAAUCUCUCUUUUAGGUUGUAAGUUUACUUGGUCUAAUGAACUUGCCUCUCCUACUCUCGUGAAGUUAGACCGUGUGUUUUGUUCAGUGUAGUGGGUGCAUAUUUUCCUAGAUUCCUUGCUACAGAGCUCAGCUUAUUCUCGAUCUUAAGGCCAGUCCCGCACAUUCCAGAUCAGAAUAUUAGACAGACUCAUAAUAAACCAACAGCAAAAACGACCGAGAACACACCUGGCAGCC